UAUAAAAAAAAUUGCAGAAAUCCAUAAGAUUUUCCAACAAUCCAGAAUGCAUAUAAGGAACAUGAUGGGCUAAAAAGAGAAAAAAAUAUGAAACAAGUUUACUGAGAGAUCAUCCUCUGUAGGAUUUGAGGAGAAUCAACGUCUGAAGUUUGAGAAAGCGAACAAUAGGUCACGGUUGAAUAUAGUUCAAACAGAGCAAUUCUUUGCUUGUUUACAUCUGCCAGUUGCCGACUUCUUGUCUUUUGAUACACAGACGUGGGGAGCGCGUACAAUUUAAAGACAUUACGAAACAUUUAUUAAAAUGUACGCGUGAGAGAAGCAUUAUUUUUGUCAUAGAAAGAUAUCAUGUAUUUUGACCUUGUCGGUAGGAGUUGCGAUUCUGAUCAAAUCGAGGAAAAGUUGUUCAAACUUGUUUCUUUGGAAAUAAAUUAUUGGUUGCCAAAUUAGAUCGAUCUUACUGAGCUUGGAGGCUAAGAUUUCAAUUGGGAAAAAAUUCUUAACGGCAUCCCUGCAAUUUGUAAAACUAUACAAGAUGUAUAGUCACAGCGAGAGUGUUCGUGAAAAAGAAGUUGUCAAGAGUGUAGACUGGAUUUUUGAUUUUGGGGAUGAGUUUUCUAACAGAGAUAUCUAUAGGAAAGUUAUGACUCACAUGGCAGAUGCUGAAUUGCUAGACCUGAGAAAGGAGAAGGAAGUAAGAAGACAGAAAGUCAAACAGCAUUUCGAUGAUCUUGUGUCCAACUCGACGCUUCAUGGUCUGCACUUCUGCUUUGACAAACAGCAUUUUUUCAGACGCAUUUUUUGGACUUUGUUAAUCCUUGUUGCCCUUGGAUUGCUUGUGCAGAAGUUAUACGAGAGCACGACGUACUUUUUCAGUUAUCCUUUCAGCACAACAACAACUGUUAAAUACGUCAACCAAAUGGUUUUCCCGGCAGUGUCAAUUUGCAACUUGAAUGACUUUCGCCUUUCAGUGAUGAAUGGUACAAAGCUGCAUAAAGCUAUUCAAGAAAGAGGCAAUAUUCUCGCACUAGAUGGAAAGGAGUACACAGAUACAAUUAGGAAAGCAAACCACCGACUAGAGGAUAUGUUGCAAGGAUGCACAAUGAAUAAUAAAAUAUGUACACACAAGAACUUUACACAGUUCUUCCAUAAUCAGGGUGAUAGAUGCUUCACUUUUAAUUCUGGGAUGAAUGGACAGCCUCUUAUCACUGUGAACAACACAGGGUUGAGCCAAGCUCUCACCUUUCUUAUCAAUAUCGAGCAUCAUGAUUAUUAUGUAGACUCGCAGCAUUCAGGAAUUCAUUUGAUAUUGCAUGGGCAGGACGAGACACCGGUCAAAAUGCAAGGUGUAAUAUUGUCCCCAGGAUUUGUGUCGUACAUUGAGAUUAAAAAACGCAAGGUGAAGAAUCUUCCACAUCCGUAUGAAACUAAUUGUGGAAAGCUAAAGCUGAAGUAUUUCCGUAGCUAUUCAAAGCAUCUUUGCUGGCUCGAAAAGCUGACUGACCAUGUUGUUAAUCUUUGUGGGUGCAAAGAUUGGUUCAUGCCUGGUGAUCACAGAGUUUGCACCUUGAAUGAAUCAAUGAACUGUAUGUGGAUUCAUUGGUCUCAAUUCGACUUGACGCAAAAUUACAGCUGUCCGCUACCAUGUAUUAUAGACUCAUAUACCCCAACAUUGUCAUUCGCAAGAUUUCCAGCAAACAACCUCGCAGACAAGAUGGCAAAAAGAUUGAACAUCUCUGGGACGAAAGCAGAACAGCGCGGAUGGAUUAGAGAUAAUUUCUUAAAGGUGGUUAUAUAUUAUGGAGACCUUAAUUACGAAUACAUGGAACAAAUUCCAAGCUACGAUUUAAUGGUGCUACUGGGUGAUAUUGGUGGUCAAUUAGGGCUUUUUCUUGGUUCCAGUGUCCUUACAUACAUCGAGUUCUUUGAUUUUUUCGCAAUGGUCAUAUACACAAGAUUUUUUGAAGUAUUCAAAAGGUCACCAUCCCGGGUCUGAUGCUGCAUAUUGAGACCCUGGCAUCUACCACAAACGCUUAAAGGUUGACUCAACUGGCAAGCGGAGCUCCUAUAUUUUAUAACAUUUGCUCGGCUAUAAUUCUAUUUUUUUGCUAAAUUUUUGACGAUAUAAAAAAGAAUAGAUUUAGUAAUUUUUGUAAACUGGUUUUGUACUCUUGCUAAAGGAAACUUCCUUUGUAAUUUUUGUAGUAAUUCAGUCACGUAUCUCUUAUUGAGAUGUCUGGUACACUUCUCUACUGUAGUAAAAUAGUCGUUUACGCCUGAAAAUAUUUGUUGAAAGGUUCAGAAAUUUCUGUUUUGACAUUUCUAGAUGGUUAUUAUGAUUUUAAUUCAAUUAUUCAGGAAACCUUUCAGUUAAACUGUGGUAUUAUAAAUCUUAUCAUGAGGUGGAACUAAAUCAUCUGGCGUGUGGGUUAAGUUACUCAAAUUUUUCUAAUUAAUUUGAGCUUUAUCAAACUGCGUGAAAUUUGGUCUCCUGGUCCUUACUGUAUCUAAUAACAUUCAACUUUGAUAUUGUGUGAAAAAACUCUACCUUAAUUUGAAUGAAGUCUCAGAUUUCUGCACAAAUAUCGAUUAGAGCAAUUCUAAGGACGAAACAGGAUGAUUUCUAGGAGUUGAGUGAAUUUAAAUCAACCGGCCAAGAUAAAAUCGGUUUCAUACAACUUCUUGAUGCUCAAAAAUAUAUCUUUGCGAUGAUCUUACAAAAGGAAUACAUUACAGCUUAAUCACGGAUUUUUCUAUAAAGUUUUUAUCUACCUGCUAAAAAUAUUGUAAUUUCGUAGUCAAUUUAGAGUGAGAUUAUUAACUUUCGUGGUAAAGAAUAUUUUCCUGUUACCACUGGCAAGAGUAACUCCAGUGCCAAGCUUGUUAGUUUGAUAAAAUGAAUGAUUUGCUUUUGCAGUGAAUUUCUGUCUGAUUUUUUUUGUUUUUAAAGCUUGAAAACAAAGCAAACGGUAAUUCAUUCUUAUAGCAAGAAUUAUUAUCUGAUGUGGUAUUCUAAGCAGAUUACAGAUUGGAGCAUCUUCUAAAAUUCAUUUAACA